AUGCCCACUACACCCUUCUUUGAUUUACUGAACGUGCUCGACUCAAUUAACAAUGCAGAGAAGUACUCUGCUUUUCAUACCGUUAAUGCUACAUAUAAGACAUCCAGAGAUGGAAAUUCCCACAUCACAGCGGACAUACUCAUUCCACGCGCUUUGCGGGAUACCCAGUACCAAGGGCCACGGCCGGUGAUCGUGCGAAUCCAUGGAGGUUUUCUUGUAACGGGAUCAAGUUUGUACCCACCGUGGUUCAGCAACUGGAUCCUGGAAUACGCCUUGAUAAACAACGCCAUCAUCUUCUCCCCCAACUACAGGCUUCUCCCUGAAGUAACUGGGAGAGAUAUCCUAGAUGACAUGAAUGACUUUUGGCACUGGCUCCACAGCGGAUCAGUAGAUCCCAUUAUCUGGGGAGCGGGAUACCAAGGUGUAACGCUGGACCAGAACUCUGUCUUGGUGGUCGGCGAAAGCGCUGGAGGCUAUCUAGCCAUUCAACUAGCAAUCACCUAUCCGUCUGACAUGCGUGGGGUCAUUACAGCGUAUCCCAUGGUGGAUUUGCGGUUAAAAUUCUACACGGAGAUAUACUCUAAACCAAUUGUCGGAGUACCCAAUGUCCCAGUCAGCUUACUUGACGAUCAUCUUGCUAUGAUGGCAACUAGGGAACAGAGCCAAAUUGAAUGGGUUACAGCAGCUGACCCGCCAGAUCGGCUGGAGUUGGCAUUUUCAAUGGUUCAGAACGGCAAGUUUCUAGAUUUCUUCGGGUCCAAGGAUAGAGGGCUUUUUCCAAUGGAGAGACUCCAGGACCGAAUCCUGACAGGAGAGAGUGUCCAGUUACCACCGAUGUUUAUCUUUCAUGGAGAGCAGGAUUCAGCAGUUCCGGUAGAUAGCUCAAAGAAUUUUGUGCGGUUUUUGAGGGAGAAGGUACCGCAUGCCCGGGUCAUGUUUUACACUCAAGAUGGGGACCACGGAUUUGAUGUCGACGCAACUUUGGAAACUCCGUGGUUGAGGGAUGGGCUGCAGAGGAUUUCGAAAGAGUGGUUGGAAUCAUGUAGGUCUAAUCUUUGA